UUGAAGGGAUCUAACUAUGCUGGUCUGCUGGAGCGGCACCGCAUUCAUACAAAAAACGUGGAGCAUGUUGUAGACAGUUUACGGAACGAGAGGAUAGAAGUUCGUCUUGUUAAACGUCGAGAAUAUAAUGAAGAGACAGUUCGGUGGGCAGAUGCUGUUAUAUCAGCAGGAGGUGAUGGUACAAUGUUGUUGGCAGCCAGUAAGGUCUUUGAUAAAUUUAAACCAGUUAUUGGAGUAAAUACUGAUCCUGAAAGAUCAGAGGGUCACUUAUGCUUGCCUGUGAGAUAUACGCACUCGUUUCCUGAAGCACUACAGAAGCUUUAUCGUGGUGAGUUCAGGUGGCAGUGGCGGCAAAGAAUCCGACUGUAUCUUGAAGGAACUGGCAUUAACCCAACCCCUGUAGAUUUACAUGAACAGCAGCUAAGCCAAGAGCAACACAGCAGGGCUCACAUAAAUGAAAGAUUCCAGGAUCAAAGAUCUGACAUUUCUGGUCCGCAUCUUUUACCAGUGAGAGCACUCAAUGAAGUCUUCAUUGGGGAAUCUCUUUCAUCCAGGUAUGCUAUGUGUUCUGUCUUAUUCAGGGAGAACUUUAAGUCCUGCAAACCCAGUUUUAAAUUCUCGCUUCAUAGGGCCUCCUAUUAUGAGAUAUCAGUUGAUGAUGGUCCUUGGGAAAAACAGAAGAGUUCAGGGCUUAAUGUGUGUACUGGAACAGGAUCAAAAGCAUGGUCCUAUAAUAUUAACAAGGUAGCACAUCAAGCUGUUGAAGAGAUCCUUAAGAUCGCUAAAAAGCAUGGAAGUUGGAAUACACCAUUGAACACAGAACUAGUACAAAAAGUAACAAAUGAUUACAAUGAGUCCCUGCUCUACAGUCCAGAAGAACCAAAGAUGUUUUUCAGUAUUCGAGAACCUAUUGUAAACAGAGUUUUCUCAAGUAGCCGGCAGCGUGGCUUCUCUUCAAAAGUCUGUGUCCGUUCCCGUUGUUGGGAUGCCUGUAUGGUUGUAGAUGGAGGAACAUCUUUUGAGUUCAAUGAUGGGGCAAUAGCUUCAAUAAUGAUCGAUACAGAGGAUGCAUUGUGCACUGUUCUGCUGGAAGAAUGAAGGACCCUAGUGUCUUCUGAUGAAACAAUUCUGGAUCCAGAGAGGGAACUCCUGGAAAUAGACAGCACGUCACAAUGCUGCAUUAUGUUGGAAGUUGGCCUUUUUGGAUGCAAGAGCAUUUG